UUUGACUCCCUUCCUGUGUCGUUACUGCGAGAUCCGGCGGAGGUGCCAGAAUGGAGGCUGUGGAGGAGUUAGAUGUCGAUGUCGAGGGAGACGCGACGGCGGGAGCUGCUGCGGAAGCGCAGCCGGGAAGUUAUGAAUAUCCAUCAUCCAGCUUACUCCAAGAUCACUACCUUGAUUCAACUUGGAGAACAGAUAUGGUUCUUCCAUGGAGUCUUGAUAGUACAAUUAGUGAAGAAAACAAAGCUGCCAUUGAGAAGAUGCUCUUGGAAGAAGAAUACUAUUUGUCCAGCAAGUCACUUCCAGAAAAAAAUUGGCAUGAGCUGAAGGAAAAUGAUAAAAAAUGUACAAAAAGCCCACACAAGAAAGAAACAAAAGUCAUGCUUCGUUCACCUACAAAAUCAGCCACUGGUUCACUGAAGUGGACAACAGAAGAAAAGGAAAAGUUUGAAGAAGGACUAGCUAAAUUUGGCAGAAGAUGGACAAAAAUUGCCAUGAUGAUUGAAAGUCGCAAUGUUCUUCAAGUAAAGAGCUAUGCUAGACAGUACUUCAAGAACAAGGCAAAAAGUGAUGGACUGGAAAAAGUGAAACAGCAGCAACAGCACAUCAGUGUUUCUCUUCCACAAAGCAAUGAGGAUGAUGAGGGGAAGCAGAGGACAUGGGCACCAGAGCACUUAAGAGGUCGAGCAGACCCUAACUUAAAUGCAGUGAAAAUCGAAAAAUUAUCAGAUGAUGAGGAAGUAGACAUUACAGAUGAAAUGGAUGAACUUUUAUCAUGUGCACAUCAGCGAGAACCUGGAAAGUCUGAGAUACUCAAUAUUCCAAAAAGCCCAUCUGAGCAAAGCAGUUGGACAGAACCGGUUUUGGAUUCUGCUCGACAAAUGUCUCCUGUUCUCUUAACAGCACAGUACAUUACAAAGCCAGAGCAAAACACAGAUGAAAUUGCAGUGUCAUGCUCUGAGAAUAAGGACCAUCGGUCUAUGAAAAUAGAGAAUCAGAAGUGUGACAGAACAGGAACUUCUGAAAGUCAUGACUGGUUUUCCAGUCCAGAGCUUUGCGGAGAACAAAAAGACUUCGAUGGCAGCAUUCAUUUCCUUUCUUCUGAACAGCUUGGAGAGGAAAAUCGGGUAGAUGCAGAGGAGCUUAAGCCACCUGAUCAAGAAAUAGCAAUGGAUAGAGGUACUAUAUUAGAGGAAGAAAAGCAAGCAAUUCCAGAAUUUUUUGUCGGACGUCAAGCCAAAACACCUGAGCGCUAUUUGAAAAUUAGAAAUUACAUUUUGGAUCAAUGGGAAAGAAUCAAACCAAAAUACCUGAACAAGACAUCAGUGCGUCCAGGGCUGAAGAAUUGCGGUGAUGUCAACUGCAUUGGACGAAUACAUACAUACCUGGAAUUAAUAGGAGCAAUUAACUUCGGCUGUGAGCAAGCUGUGUAUAACAGACCACAGACAGUUGACAAAAUACGGCCCAGGGAAGGCAAGGAUGCUGUAGAUGCAUAUCAGCUUGUGCAACGUCUACAAUCUAUGCGUACAAGGAGGCGACGAGUGAGAGACCCAUGGGGAAACUGGUGUGAUGCAAGAGAUUUGGAAGGACAGACGUUUGAGCAUCUCUCUGCUGAGGAGCUAGCAAAGAGGAGAGAAGAUGAGAAGUAUAAACUACCAAAAGCAUUUAAAGGACAAAGGCACACCAAAAGUUCAUUUGAUCCCUUUCAGCUGAUCCCUUGCUGUUCCUACACAGAGGAAAAACCAGAGCCAUUCAAAGUAACAGUAGCUGCAGAAGCACUUCUGAUUAUGGAUUUGCAUGCCCAUGUUUCAAUGGCAGAAGUAAUUGGCUUGCUAGGUGGAAGAUAUUCUGAAACUGAUGGAAUAGUUGAAGUCUGUGCAGCAGAACCAUGCAAUAGCCUUAGUACAGGAUUGCAGUGUGAAAUGGAUCCAGUGUCUCAAACUCAAGCAUCAGAGACACUUGCUGCUAGAGGUUACAGUAUCAUUGGAUGGUAUCACUCUCAUCCUGCUUUUGAUCCUAAUCCUUCCAUUCGUGAUAUUGAUACCCAGGCAAAAUACCAGAGCUAUUUCUCCAGAGGUGGCUCAAUGUUUGUUGGAAUGAUCAUAAGUCCUUAUAAUCGAAAUAAUCCUCUUCCAUAUUCUCAGAUCACUUGUCUUGUGAUAAGUGAUGAGACUAGUUCAGAUGGAUCCUACCGCCUGCCAUACAAGUUUGAAGUGCAACAAAUGUUGGAAGAACCUCAGUGGGAGCUAGUAUUGGAAAAAACACAGUGGAUAAUUGAAAAAUACAGAAUGUCUCAUAGCUGUGUGCCCAUGGAUAAAAUCUUCCACAGAGAUUCAGAUCUAACGUGUUUGCAAAAGCUUUUGGAGUGCAUGAGGAAGACUCUGGACAAUGUGGCCAAUAGUUUCAUUGCUGAAGAAUUCCUGGCACAGUUAGAAAAUUUGUUCCUUUCAACCUACCAGAAUGAGGAAUGGAAUGAUACUACUGAGGAAAAUAGCCUGUGUCCAAAUGACCUGCCAACGUGAUAGUAUUGGAAAGAAUAAUUGCUCACUUUAUACUGUAAUGAAGUGGCCAUCGUUGAGAGUAACAGUAUCCAGUGUGGCUGAAGAAAAUUACUGUUAAUGAAAGACAGUAUGAAACAAUCAUGGUGAACUAUCUGACCUCUGGCAUAACUUCUGAUCUUCUAAAAUUAUAGUCAUACUGCAGGAAAAUGGACUACAGUAUUUGCCUGCCCACCACUUAGGUAGAAGCUGUUCAUCACUCUAAAAAAUUGAAGUGAUAAUGUUCUACUUGGAACAAGCGCUAUUAGCUUGAUGUUGAAAUAAUUAUAUUGCCAUUCUGUUUAGGAAACACCACCAUGUUAUGUUUAAUGUAUGCUGUCUAGAUACUGUCACAUGCACUUCUCCUAUUUUAUAAAAUAAGCUAUACUGUAUACUUCUGAAAAGGGAGCCAUCAGUUUAAAAAGAGAGAUACCAGAAUUAUGGAUAAUUUCAGCCUUUAGCUUCUCGGUUGUUGAUGUAUGCUAACAGUAUUUGAAGGGGAAAUUAAGAUUGAGCUGACCAUACCACAUUAUGUUAUCUGAACUGAAUUGAACAGGACAGAUUUGUGGAAUUUAGUAUGCCUGUAGGACAGGAUGUUCUUACUCAGUGGUAUAGAUCUGAGGAAAGAUAGAAAGAAUUCUUGUCCAAGUUCUUCUAAUCUUUUGGGUCCACAAGCCGGAAUAUAUACCUGACUAUAAAAUACAAUACAAGGGAGAAAGACUAUAUCUAAAAGCAUAGAAAGCUGCAGAUUUAUCUUUUUUUUUAACCUGAGCUUCAUCUGCAGGCUAAUGUGCUAUAUCUUCCACUCUAGCCUUUCUUGUUCCAUUGUAAAACCAAGUUCCUUCAAUUGUGAUAAUGCUGGUGUGCAAGGUGUGCAAGUACUGCUGAAUAGUGAAUUUAUAAUGCUUUCUCACUGAAAGUCAGCAUAUAUUUCAUUCAGUUAUUUGCAUGUAAGGGCCCUUAGAUCAUACUGUGCCAUAUAUAGUUGCAUUGAUAUGAAGUCUAAUCUAUACAUUUGUUCAGUCUCCAGGCUAUUAUGUCAAUCAAAUUGCAUGUGAUGCAAUGGUUUGUAUGUCCUUUUGAGGUCCUAGCAUGGCACUGAAGCCACUGCUUUCUAGGAAAAAAAAAUCCCAAAAUGUGUAUUGAAUUUGCAGUCAUUGCAACAUACAUUUAUUGAAAAAUGUUUACAUUUAUAUUGUGUGUAACAAAUGUUGUAAAUAGUUUGCCUUUGUACAGAAAGAAUGACUGAAUGACUUGACCUUCAUGUGAAAGCACAGUACAAAUAUAUUUGCUCGCUACAUAUGCAUUUUUAUGAGGAAGUGAAAGGAAUUAACCACUAAAAUAAUGGAAAGAGCUUUUCCUGGCAAUGUUGUAUCUCCAUAACUAUGUGAAGAUGUUUAAAAUGUUCUCUUGUUUCGAAUUAGUCUUUCCAUACACCCAGAAGGAACUUUUCAUAUAAAAGAAACGUAAUACAUGGUAGGUUUCUUUGUGUUUGACUCGUAGGAUUGCAUUUCAGAGCUAUGGGGCAGACCUGUGCCAUAAGCACAGGGUAACUCUGUCAAUUCCAAACUUACUGUUAAGGCACAUUGUAGAUCUCUAGCUGCACAUGCUACGAAGUUGGGAUUAAAAAAAAUUUGUUGGCUAUUCAUCAUGUGCAAAUAUUGCAUAAAGAAUUUACCACUCUGGACAUUAAAAAAAUGGGUGCCUGAGUAAACUUGUGCUGUAACUGGAAACAA